GUCCUGAACCGCAAAGUCACCUAACCUCCCCCAUCCAGGCCCCACCCAUGGAGUCGAUUCAAUUCAACACGGUUUGCGGUAGUAUGCUGUAUGCCCGUCCUCCACUCCGCCGGCCUCUACAUAUAAGCGAGUCCCCCGUAGAGUCGACAGCCCACCACGCACACCCAGCAGGCCAGCUCCCAAAUCAUCCAACGACCGCUCGAACAACCGCGCCGCUCGCUCGCCAGCAAACUCCUUCCAACAGCACUUUCAAAUUCAAGGGUCCGGCCGGCCGGCCGUCGAUCGCGCGCGGCCUCCUCCUAAAUCAGCUAGCUACCUGGUCGAUAUCGAUCAAUAUACAUGCCAAGGCGCCCCUGAAGACUGAAGAAAGCACAGCUAGUGUAGCUCGAUCGAUGAUAAUGAGGAGGAGGGGCGGCGCCGUGGCAUCGGCGGCAUGGGUGGUUCUUGGCGUUGCCGUGGCAGCGGCUUCGGCAGCCUUAUUGUUGGCGGAUGCGGCGCACGACUACGAGGAGGCGCUGCGGAAGAGCCUCGUCUACUUCGAGGCGCAGCGGUCGGGCCGCCUGCCGCACGGCCAGCGCGUGGCCUGGCGCGACCACUCCGGCCUCACCGACGGCCUCGAGCAAGGGGUGGAUUUGGUGGGCGGAUACUACGAUGCCGGCGACCACGUCAAGUUCGGGCUCCCCAUGGCCUUCACGGUGACCAUGCUGUCCUGGAGCCUCCUCGAGUACGGCGCCGACGUGGCCGCCGCCGGCGAGCUCGCGCACGCGCUCGAGUCCAUCAAGUGGGGCACCGACUACUUCAUCAAGGCGCACACCCAGCCCGACGAGCUCUGGGCAGAGGUUGGUGACGGCGACACGGAUCACUACUGCUGGCAGCGGCCGGAGGACAUGACGACGUCGAGGCAGGCGUACAAGGUCGACCGCGACCGCCCCGGCUCCGACGUCGCCGGCGAGACCGCCGCCGCCCUGGCCGCCGCAUCCAUGGCGUUCCGGGACACCAACCCGCACUACGCCCACCUCCUCCUGCAUCACGCCCAGCAGCUGUUCGAGUUCGCUGACAAGUACAGAGGCAAGUACGACAGCAGCAUCGCGGAGGUGAAGAGCUACUACGCGUCCGUGAGCGGGUACCACGACGAGCUCCUGUGGGCCGCGCUCUGGCUCCACCGCGCCACGGGCCGGGCCUCCUACCUGGACUACGUGGUCGACAACGCGGACGCCUUCGGCGGCACGGGCUGGGCCAUAACCGAGUUCAGCUGGGACGUCAAGUACGCUGGCGUCCAGAUCCUGGCCACGAGGCUGCUUCUGUUACAAGGCGAGCACACGGAGCGGCAGAGGGAGACGCUGGAGGGGUACCGGGCCAAGGCGGAGCACUACGUGUGCGCGUGCAUGGGCAAGAAUAAUAACGAGAACAACAACGUGGAGCGGAGCCCCGGAGGGAUGCUGUACGUGCGGCAGUGGAACAACAUGCAGUACGUGACGAGCGCGGCCUUCCUGCUCUCCGUCUACUCCGGGUACCUCACCGAGGCCGGCGGCGGCAGCGAGAGCGUGGCGUGCGGCGGCGGCGUUAAUGGGGAGAAAGUGGGCGCGGAGGAAGUGUUUUCGGAGGCGAAAGCGCAGGUGGACUACGUGCUCGGGAGCAACCCGCGCGGGAUGAGCUACCUGGUCGGGUACGGGGCCAAGUACCCGACGCGGGUGCACCACCGGGCGGCGUCCAUCGUGCCGUACAAGGACGCCAAGGCCUUCAUCGGGUGCGCGCAGGGGUUCGACGACUGGUUCGGCCGCCGGAGCGCCAACCCCAACGUGGUGGUCGGGGCCAUCGUGGGCGGGCCGGACCGCAAGGACAGGUUCAGGGACGACAGGGACAACUACAUGCAGACGGAGGCAUGCACCUACAACACCGCCCCCAUGGUCGGCAUCUUCGCCAUGCUCCACAGGCUGCAACAAGAAGAGUCAUCGCCUUCUUCGGCGACGGCCACGCUGCAACCGGAGAACGGUGGCACAAGUAGUACUGCUACUGCCACUGGGUGAUGUGUAAAGAUUAUUAAUAGGUCGUAGGGACACAAAGGGGGGGAGCUGUACAAUUUUGACCCCCUUAUUCUUUUGUUCAUUUUUCUUCUUCUUUCUAUUCUAGAUAUGUGAAGGGCUCUCUUCGCAGCAAAUUGUUUGUAUGUAUACGAAGAGAAGAAAAGAAGAAAAAGGGGCGGAGGCAUUUGACAAGCAAAUGUAAAUUCCCUCCCCGUAAAUAUAAGAGGAAACAAAAUUAUAUUCAUUAGCUUA